AGCACAGAUAAUCAUCUCCUACAACAGUACACUCCCUACAAUAUGACCAUCAGAGCUGACAACUGUGCUGGCUCUAGUACUGAUGUGAUGGUGACAAUUCCUUUUAUUGUUACCUGCCCUUCUAACCCACCACCUGCAAACAGAGUUACCAUUGUUGGUACUCCUCCACUGCCUGCACUAGUAGGAUCAACACUAAGCUUCACUUGCAAUGGAGAGACGGUAUCAGCAACCUGUGAGAGUAAUGGACGAUGGUCACCUGACCCCGCCACAUACGUCUGUCUCUCAGAUCUCACCUGUAGCUCUCCUGCUGCACCAUCCAAUGGCAGUGUGGAUGUCAGUGGUGGGACACCACCCUUCUCACUGGGUUCAGAAGUCACCUAUCACUGUGAGGAUGGACUGUUCCCCCUUGAUGUGAGGACCAGCACAUGCACUGAUGUGGGGGGUAGGGGAGAGUGGGUGGAGAAUCCUGGGAGCUUGGUGUGCAGGGAGAGGCCAGGUGAGGCAGCCAAUUCCAUUUCUUGUUUUUAA